GCACUGAUCCCAUCCCAUUCCGCCCUGCCCUGCCCUUCUGACGAGCGUUGUUCCAUCUUCCGCCAUAUUAACAGUGAUCGGACGGGCGGGGCGGGGGCAGAGUCAGAGUGGCUGGUGAGCGACCUGCGUUUAGUGGCAGCGGCUGGCUGAUCUCUCAUUUCUUCGGUGCCGUGACCGGUGUUUUUUAUGUGCAGAAUCAAAUGCUACUGCACUUGUCCAUCAAAGACUAAAAGAAUUAGUGGAAGUUUGAGGCGAAAUAGGAAUCAUGAAGCAGUCACAACAGAGCUAAUAGGUGGAAAAUUGCUAUCCAUCAAGUUUCACGUUUUGGUGAUACACCUCUAGUCAUAAAAUGGCAGCAAACAAGACCAAAGGCCAGAAUUCCUUGGCUCUCCAUAAAGUGAUCAUGGUUGGGAGUGGUGGUGUGGGAAAAUCUGCCUUGACGCUACAAUUCAUGUAUGAUGAGUUUGUUGAGGAUUAUGAACCUACAAAAGCCGACAGCUACCGGAAGAAAGUGGUGCUGGAUGGUGAGGAAGUCCAGAUAGACAUCCUUGAUACUGCAGGCCAAGAAGACUAUGCUGCUAUCAGGGAUAACUAUUUUCGUAGUGGAGAAGGCUUCCUCUGUGUCUUCUCUAUCACUGAACAAGAAUCCUUUGCAGCUACAGCUGAUUUCAGGGAACAGAUUCUUCGAGUAAAAGAGGAUGAGAAUGUUCCCUUUCUGCUUGUUGGCAAUAAAUCCGAUUUGGAAGACAAACGACAAGUAUCGGUGGAUGAAGCAAAGAACAGAGCUGACCUAUGGAGUGUGAAUUAUGUAGAAACAUCUGCAAAAACAAGAGCCAAUGUUGAUAAGGUUUUCUUUGACUUGAUGAGGGAAAUACGUGCAAGAAAAAUGGAAGAUAGUAAAGAGAAGAAUGGAAAGAAGAAACGGAAAAGCAUAGCAAAAAGGAUUCGGGAAAGAUGUUGCAUUUUAUAAACUCUGCAGACCAAACCAUUUUAGAAGUUUAAGCAUACUAAGUAUCUCAUUUCAUUCACUGUCCUUCAAAGUGAUUGAAGGUACACAAUUGUUUUACACAUUCUGGUUUCGAAGCAUGAAUUGAAGCCAACUUGAGGACACAAUUGAUCAGGAAGUUUUAAUGUCAAUCCGAAGCAUUGCUUUUCUUUUGCAAUGUCAAGUGGUAUCUGGGCUUCAGAUUUCAAUUUUUUUAAUGUAAAAUACCAUUGGGCGUUUCUUUGGGUUAAUCAUUUCAGUCGUCACUUAAAUUGCAGUGAAAACUGGUAACUCACUUCUCUCACAAGGCAAAGCACUUUGUUAAAUCACAUUUUGAAUCUGGACUAUCAGCAUUUGUAGAUUCCUAUCAAAGAGCUUUUCGUUUUUCUCUGGUAAAAACCAGAGCUGAAGUGUACUGCUAUUUGGAAGAUAACUAGUUUGCAUCUCACAGAACUUUUAUCUUGCUGGAUUUGCUCUUUCCUUUAGAGAAAAAGCACUGUCUACUUGUAAGCUAAGUAGGUUGCACCACUUUUUUCACCACUGAAUUUUCUAAGAUACUUGUUGUUAAUAACAGCACUCAUUUUUAACCCAUUGCAAGCUGAGAUAAAACUUGCUGCAUUGAUGGUUUAAAAAUCUUAAGUAUUAAGAGUAACCUGUAAAAUUUCAGUGUUUUUCUUCUAAAUGAGCUUACUUGGGUUUUUGGCAGCUCCAACUGGCCGCUUAGCAUUUGUUUUACCUUUUUAUGAAUGCUAGUUAUUGUAGCAUUGCCAGUAAACUUAGACUAUUGGUGCCAUGAAUUUCUAAUGUUACCUGUUAGUCAAACUAUACUUCCAACAGUAGAGUGUACAGCAGCUUGUUUAUGUCCCAGUGACACUCUGAUAUUUGCUACAUUGAAAUUAAAUAGGGAAAAUUCCAUGUGCUGUGGUGUCAUUACUUUCCUCCCUACAAUGUUCUAAACCAGUUUUAAGUAUGAGUAAAAAGGUGUGGGAUGUUUAAUUAAGCCUAAUUCCUCAACAAUAAAUUACUCCUGUUGUUGCUGUACUAAAUAACAGGAAUGCAUGCUGUUUUAAGCUUGCAGUUUUGUUAAUUGGAGUAAAACUGGAAUUCUCAUGAAGUUUCAUUUGACUUAAUGUUGAGUUACUAGAGCAGUAGUCAGUAGUUUUGCUUUGCUAUUGGCAGCUUGAGCACUUGACAUCUCUUUCAACCCCCUGGAAUUUAAUGAACUUGUUUUGGUCUUGAGAGAGAAGUUUGGGAAACUUGGCCAUGAAACUGCCUGGGUUAAAUUAUGAUCUCCAAUUAUUAGAUUGCAAAUAGUUGUGUAUUAUAUCUACACAAGUGAAUGGGUUAGUUUUUUUCUUUUAGUCACAGAUAGGAUUUGAUCAUAUUAGUCUUUGAUUUCAAUGAGCCCCCUCCUACCUAUGGCCUCUUGAGAAGCUUGCACCUGCUGUGACAGCCCAUAUAAGGUAGACACCUUAAAGCAAUUUUAACGCAACACGCUCACUGGAAACUGAUCAAGUGUAAUAUUGGUUUUACUCCCCUCCCAAUGGAAGGAAGUGUCAGUGGUGAGUAGCAAUUGUGUGGUGCAAAACUAGUGUUCCAUCUGAAUUCUGUGGGUUUCCUGUAAAGCAGGUUAGGUUAAAUUAUCUUCCCAAACGGAGAAACAGAAGGUGGACUCUGUCAGCAUGGGAUUCCUGAAAUUUGUGAUCAGUUGGGAUAAACAGAAGUUACUCAGAUGUAACAAAUUUUGAUUAUGUCUGUAAUCGGAUGGGGAAAAAUUGGGAUUCUGUUUGCUAACGUGCUAGACCUGCAUGUAGAUGGAUUUCACUGUAUUUGUCAUAUCAAAGUAAUUGUAAGUGGCAUUUGGAGGCAGAUUCUGGCUUUUCAAAUGAGGCACUAAUGCACAAUAAAUACACAUGCAUAUCAAGCUGGGCUGUACUGUAGAAAAGCAGUGUAAAACUUGUAAAUAGAAACUUGUCUGAAAAUGCCUUAAUUUAAAAGCUUUACAGGUUACAUCCAUCAGGAGUGUGGCAAAUGAAUUAUGCAGACAAAACUGCAAAGAACUUCUUACUGUAAUCCUGUAAAAUGUGCCAUAUUUUGGGUCUAAUAGCCCAGAACACAAUUCAGUUGACUUGAUAUUUGGGGCUACCAUCUUCAGAAUUAUGCAUUUUGGUUCAAAUGGUUAAACUUUUUUUUUGUAACGUAUGUGUUGUCCUUCAAAUUAUAGUACCCAGCCUACAGGGAGGUUAGUGGGAAAAUGAAAGAAUGAAGAUUUGAACUGUUGGGUUUAGAAAUCCCCACGAACCAGCCAAUGUAUUCCCUUUCUAUUGGCUGAAGUUUACUGACACAAGGAAUUGAGACAUGUUCAAAAAGGCUGUUUGGAUUAUUUAACAGUUUCAAAGGAAUGCCAGGAUGACACCACUAAAUCUGAAGUGCUGGGAACCUAGAAUGUAUCAUAUAUACAGUAAUUUGUUCGGUCGUUUUUUAUUUUGGUGCAUUGUUUGAAUUUUGUCAUGUUUUAAACUUUUAUUGUUGUGUAUUUGAAAGUAGGAGCUAUUUCCACUGUAUAGAAUUGAGGGAUGCCAUGGAGAAUUGCUGCAAGGUAUAUGAAUCUUGUUUUGAGCAGAAGCAAUUUGGACACUUUUUUUUAUAUUUUGUGUGAACAGUGCAUAGCAGUGAAAUUUGUAUAGUAGCGUGAAUUAUAAGAAUGAAAAUGAUUCUAACCACUAACAUUUAGACUUGCAGUAUAUGUGAAGCCUGGGUAUUAUGGUGUUAUGAAGCUGAAAAACACAAGUGUUAAAAGCUGAUGCCCAUAAAACAUUUUAAUUGUAUGUUGAACCAUUACAAAAUAAAAUAACACUUUUUACAGCAA